AUGACCCACAAAAGUAAAUAAGCGUAGGUUACUGUCUUCCUCCUUCACCAAGACAGAAAAAUGGCAUGGACAGCCAAACAAAUGCUGCUUGCAGUGAUGAUGGUCAUCACGGGCUCCAUAAACACUCUGUCGACGAAAUGGGCAGAUCGGCAGUCGGCUGAAGGUAGAGAUGGUAAUGUUCAUUCCUUUGAUCAUCCAUUUUUACAGGCAGUUGGCAUGUUUUUGGGGGAAUUUUCCUGCCUCGUAGUCUUCCAGAUAAUCAAAACAUACAACAGAGUCCGACGCCCCAAUCAGGAACAAAACCUUGGGAACCAGAGCUUUAAUCCCCUGAUAUUUCUGCCCCCGGCUCUCUGUGACAUGUGUGGGACAUCUCUUAUGUAUGUGGGACUCAAUUUAACAUACGCAUCAAGCUUCCAGAUGUUGAGAGGUGCGGUCAUCAUCUUCACGGCUCUUUUGUCCGUUGCGUUCCUUGGAUCCACGAUUCGUAAGGUGAUGUGGACGGGGAUCUUCAUCAUACUGGUGGGCCUGGCAUUAGUAGGGGUGUCUGAUAUCAUAUUUGGAAAUACUGGUGCUCAGACAGACACCAAUGGAAUUAUUGCAGGUGAUCUCCUCAUCAUUAUGGCCCAAAUCAUUGCUGCUGUACAGAUGGUGUAUGAAGAGAAGUUUGUCACACGCUACAGUAUACCAGCCAUGCAGGCUGUUGGUUGGGAAGGAUUUUUUGGGUUCAUCGUCCUGGGAAUUUUGAACAUCAUUUUCUUUUACAUCGAUGCUGGAGCCUUCAGCAAGUUACCAACUCAUAAAUUAGAAGACCCAAUAGAUGCUUUUAUACAAAUUGGAAAUAACUGGAGGAUUCUGCUAGCCACAGUUGGAAACGUUGUUAGUAUAGCUUUCUUCAACUUUGCUGGGAUUAGUGUAACUAAAGAACUGAGUGCGACUACACGCAUGGUGCUAGAUAGUGUGAGGACCCUGUUCAUCUGGCUGAUCACGCUCUUCCUGGCUUGGCAGGACUUCCAGAUCCUCCAGCUGGUCGGCUUCGUCAUCCUGCUGUCAGGGAUGUGUCUGUACAACAACAUCAUCAUCGUGCCCGCCUUCCGGUACUGUCAGGAGAGGAGGAGGGCCGGGCGCCACAUGACGCAAGUCGGAGGGGAACACGAAAGACUUGUCAAUGACACAGCGUCAGGUACAGGUGGAUUCCAAGAUCCUACAGCUACCUAGACGUCUUAGAUGUCUUAGAGACAGAGGAAAUUCAGAAUUCCGUGGAAUGAUUUUCCUCUAAAUUGAAAUGUUCAAUUCUGUGAUAUUUAAAAGAGCUAGGACCUCUUGUUCAUAGUUUGUGUAUUCAUACAAUUUCACAUACCCAGUAUAUGUUUAUUCACGCCUAUACAAAUUUACAUUCAUUGUUAAUUUGUUAUCUUUGUUAAUUACUUACUACUUGUUUUCUUAAAAUUUGAGUUCACUUUUGUAACUUUAAGGGAAAAAAUUGUGUCCAUAUCUGCAAAUUGUUAAAUGUACAUACGGAGUGCAUUGUAAAUGUACAUGUAUAUUAGCUUAUGUGUUAGUUUCAGAGUCAAAAGUUUUAAUCACUAAACUUUUUAAGUAUUUUUAAAAAUCGUCAUAAAUUUUAUAGCAUUUUAAUUUCUUAUUACAAGGGUAUUUCUAUUUUUAACAUCAUUUUAUAUCAUUCACAUCUUAUUAGCAUCAGAUCUCGCAAUAUUUUUAAUUAAUCUUUAACAAUUUCAAAAUUGCUGGUACUGAUUUGUAUUUACAGUGUAAUUUAUUACAGUAGUUUGGUGACUAUGCUAUUUUCAAAUUGUUGUUGUCAGAACAAUUGUUGUUGAAAGCAGUGUUUGCAAGUUUUAAAACCAUUUUGUAACAUAGAUAUCUUUAUACUAUUUUUAGAAUUGUUUUAGGUUAUUAAGCUACCUGGUAGAUGUCCCCGGCAGUAGAAAUUUUUUUUUUCUUUCACACAAGUAUAAGGGACUAGAUUUAUAGGGGAAAAUAUCUUUUUUGUCAAACAGGUCACGAAAAAUAGCAAAAUUACAAUGGCUUUAAGGAAGCUAUGUUUGUAAGUGUCAGGAAAAAGUGGAAUUUUAUAAGGAAGUCCAAUACAAGGCAAGCCACAUAAAGGUAGAAAGAGAGACU